CAUACGUGUAAUGCGCAUCGUGUGCUAAGCUAGUUCAAUUGUCAACUUGUACUCAGGGGCGUGGUAUUGAGUUUCACAGUAAAUUUACAAGCAUCUGUGAUUCGCAGAGCUUCCUUGGAAUUCUUCAGCAUCACAGAGGACACAUCAAGAUGGCAGGGAAAGGACAGGCCCCUUUCAGAACAGACUGCGAAGUGACUGCCAUCUGCCAGAAAUUAUGGGACAGCGACGUGAACUGCCUGAUGCCCGGGGAGCACUAUGAGCUGGAUCCCCAGGGCUACACCUUCUACAGCAACCAGGGCAAGAAGGACCAAGCCAAGAGACCCCUCUUCAAGUGGGUGGACAAGGAUGCCCUGGAAAGGCCCACGUACAAGAGCUUCAUAGCCCUUCUUGACAACUAUGAGACAGCCACAGGAGUAUCUGAGGUAGUGACACCAGAAGAGAUAAGAGAAAAUAAAGUGUUCUUGAAUGAGAUCAUGAAAACAAAAGUGAUGAAGGAGGCUCACCACUAUCUAGUCCAAAAGUUCCCUUCCAAGAUUCCCAAGGACGACCUGGACUUCAAGAAACUGUUGUAUAAAGUCUGGUUUAACCUGUACCCAAGAACCAAAGGGAUGAGGGGCAAACCUGGCGAUUCAUCUGGGUUUGAACACGUAUUUGUCGGUGAGAGCAAGGACGGUGAGGUGACUGGCUUUCACAACUGGAUCCAGUUCUACCUUCAGGAGAAGGCCGGCAAUGUGGACUACAAGGGCUGGGUACCCCCAAGGGGAAAGAGAGUGAAAAGAGGAGAGUCCCAAGAGAACAAACGCCUGAUGAGUUUGCAGUUCACAUGGAAGGGUAACAUCAAACCUGUCGGCAGCUCCUUCAUUGGCACUAGCCCUGAGUUUGAGAUGGCCCUCUACACAGUACUGUACUUUCUAGGCAAGAGAAGCUGCAUGAUUGAGCUGGAUGAAUACGACUUGGAAAUCACCGUCCACACCUUUGACAGGCAGCCCAUGGACAUCCUGAGCAGUUCGUAUCCGACAAUAAUCAACACUGAUUAAAUGUUAGCAUUGGUCAGUUCUAGCAGCUAGUUUUGGCCCUACUUCAUACAGGGUUGCGUCCUUGCGAGAUGCUGGAGGGCCACAAAAUGGGGGAGAUUCAUUAGGCCUGUACGCAGUUGCUGACUGGUCCAAAUUAACAGAGGCGGGCUUGUGGGUAAAAAGGUGAACACUCCCCCUCCUCGUCACCAUGCAAGAUGCCGGGAUUGCUCUAAAAUUUCUUUAGUUUGUCGUCUUCCAUCAGUCUCACUCCCAGGGUGCUCACAAUCUUCAAAGUGCUGUAACCUUUGAAGUAUUACAUACCCGUACAUGUAGUUGCCAACCUCUACCCUUUCAAGCCGUUAAAAAAAAGACCUUUCCAGGAUAAUUGCUGGGGCAUACCAUAUUGUUACUCGUUCCUGCCUUUUUCACAGUCCCUUUUCUUGUCGGUUGGAGCUGUGCGCUUUUCUUCUCUCACUUUAACUCACCAAAAAUGUCCAUUGAACUAUCAUUUUUGGCUGUUCCUCAGCUUAUGUGAAGGCUAAGAUUACUUAACCACAUCGCACCGGGGGCAUUUCUGAAUGUUGAUUCUGCUGGGACAGGAUAUUUUUCUUUUUAUUCUGUUUUCAAAAUUCUUUAAAAAUUCAUGUCUUCAUUAACUGGAUACUUGCACCCACAUGAAGGCCUGUCUGGUUUCUACUCUAAUUUGACAGACAACAUCUAUUGGCGCUGGAGUAUUUCAGCCAGGCGGUGUU